CGCAUGCGCACAUCGAUAUACGCGCGAUUUUUACGUGUGUGUGUGGGAUCGCGCUAGAAAUUCGGGAAAAUCUCGCAUGAUUUCUCGAGUUUGUAGAGCCUCGAAUUCGAAUUAAUCCUCAUCCCCGUUCCGCGGAUGCUGUCGCGCGAGGCUGCGUCUUGAUGCGGAUCGAGUCGUCCGCCAGGACGAUGGAGAAGAGGUUGUCGGAAGCCUCGGGGCCACCGCGUCCAGGACUGUUCAGCUCCUCGAGGAAGAGCAAGAGACGCAGCAACCGGAGGGUGAACCAGGUGGACGCAUCGCCGAGCACCUGGGGGAACGGUCCCAGGAGCGAGCAGGAGGACACCCUGGUGUCAAGCGUCGAGUACCCGCCGCAGAUGCUGUGGCAGUCCGCGGGAGUUCCUCAGAAUGUACCUGGUAACGGGCAGCGUCUGUUUGCCGCCAUGUCGGACCCCAGCGUGUGCGGUUACUCUCCAAUGCCGUUGACCUACACCAUGCAGCCGGUCUCACUGCCACCGAUGUACAGGAUGUACCAGCCGAUGCCGGUGCCGAACGUCAGAAGCGUCCAUGGUAGACACAGACGUCACUGCAACGAGCAUCUGGCCAAUGUUUGUCCCGGUGCAAAUAAUAACGUUAAUGGCUAUGGCAGUCUGCGGGAGAAUGGAAGAUUGGAAGCCACGGUGCAUGUUGCUUAUCAAAAUGGAGACUACGCCAGUCUACCAGCCACUGCCAACAAGGACAGUGGUAUCAAUAGUGAUGAAAUGAAUUCGGAGCAGAGAAGAUACUCGGAUCCUGGUUUGGGACCUGCGGAGAAUUUGCCUCAUUCAGAUAAUUCUGAUGACUCCGACAGUAUCGAGAGUGGAAGUUCUGUAACAACAAUCAGCCGUAGUAACAAGCUUGUCCUAUCGCUUAUCGAACAGAUGACAGAACUAAAGAAGUACAACAAUCAGUUGUUCAAAGAGCUCAGUGAAACUAAGUCAUAUGUAGAAAAUAUAAAAGAAAAAUUAGCACAGUGCAAACACAAUACAUCUACAGAUUAUCAACCUGGAAUGUUAUCAGGUCUUAUAGGCGAAAUUAGAGAAGCUAAUAAAAAUUGUGAAGAAGGCUUAGUUACAAAAGUUAAAUCUAUGUUGGAAGAAAAAUGUUAUCAACAAACAAAAGAAAUGGAAGAACUUAAGAAUCAAUUAUCGAAGUUGACGAAGGAGAAGGAGGAAAGUGAUGAGCGUGUCGCGAAACUGGAGGAGGAACUGAUGGUGUUGAAGCUGAGCGCAACCAACGGGGGUCGCGAGAUCGCAGCCUUCGAGGAGGAGACCCUGGCGCUGCGACGGGAGCUCCAGGAGGCGCGGGCGUCCAGGACCCUGGCCGAGAACCACGCGGCGAAGUGCGUAAACUUUGCGGUAUCCAGAUCUGUCACGCGUGUAACUUUCGAUACGCCAUGUGUAACCAGCACCCCCGUGCGUAACGCUCUUACCGACACUUGCUCCUUGUCCCCGGUUCUCCCCAGAUUCGCAAUCCCAUCUUCUGUCCCGCGUUUUUCCUCUCGUUCUUCCACGGAGGUAGCGGCACUUUCGCUCGUCCUCGAGGAUGCGAAUCGCCGUCGAAACGCCGGACCGGAGUCUCGAGAUUUUCCGCAGCCAACGGAGGACGAAAGCGUGUCUCGCUGCUUCGAGACGACCUGUCAAACCAUGGUGGCGACCUCCUCGAACGAAGAUACCGUGAACGCGAUGGGAAUCGAAUCCCGGGACAAGAUCAGAAACCAGAGGACUUCGGCAGGACUUGCCACGAUUCGUCCGGAUAUUUCAUCUACGUCGAAGGAUAACCCGGUUCUCUUCAAUCGAAAGGAAGUGGAUAUUGUCGACUCCACGAGCGACGACGGCAAAUUAACCGAGGAAAUGGAUAUGAGACACUUGUUGACGACUGACAGCUCAUUGUCGGAGGAACAAACCGGCGGCAAUCGUCAGGAUCUUCGAGGGAAAUGCGCGGAGAUGACUUCGGUAAUGGAAAAGGAUGCGAAAGCAAGGAUUCUCGUAUCACCGAGCAGUCUCGAGAAGCAGAAGGAUUUGCUAAACGAAGCGGAGAGCUCGAUUAAUCACCCAAGCUCCCAGAAAACAUGCACGUCUCGCACUCAGCGAGGUAGUUUGAAGAAACCUCCGCGACGGAGGACCGGCAACUUGAGGAGAUCGUUCAGCGAGACCGACAAGAACCUCAAGGUCAAGGAAAGUCCCUCCUCGUGUUCCUCCACGAUUAUCGGAGGGACCAGUCGCGACGCGGUGAGCGAAGACGAGGGUUGCCGGUCUCGAAGCGACGAUCGCCGAGACAUCAUCGAAGUGCCGGAUGUCGCCGUGGUCUGUGGUGGCUCCAUCAUGCCGAAAAACCUCUGCUCGACGAGAACCCCGAUCUCCAGAACCCAAAGAGAACCUUCACGCGCCACUUACACCACCGCCUAUAUCUAAGUUACGUACGCGCGGGGCCCCGGCAAAAAAAAAAUAGAAAUAAUAAAUAAAUAGAGAGCAAAAUCACGCUACUCACUCACGUCGUCGAUAUCGGGGGCUUCAAGGGGCUUUUUACUAGAGGCUACUACUAUGUACAUGUCGAAUAGCACGUAGGUCUAUUAUUCACUCAUCAUGCAUGCUUUUUCGUACAAGCUCGAUGUAUUUAUGCUACACGCUUUCAAGGGAGUUACGUUAUGCCAAUAUAUGUUUAUAUAUAAGUUAUAAUGUUAUAAGUUACUUUUAAAGACAAUAUUUUAUUUUCAGAAAUUUAUGCAGUUGAUUAUUUUCCAAUAGCUUGGUGACAUCAUUUCAAAUAUACUUUGCUUAUGAAAUAAUGUAUAUAUGUAGUUAAUUAAUGAAAUAGAUAUAGUGGAAUAACGUAAUUCAUUCAUACUAUAUUUGCGAUAUUUUACAUCACUGUUCUCAAAAGCGUUGCAUUUUAAAGGGAAAUUGGAGAAAAAGAUGUCUGCUAACUGUAAAUAGCAAUUUUUAUAUUCCAUUAAAACUUUUAUAUAUUUUCAGUAUUAUAUCCUUUAUUUUUAUAUUCUAGUAAAAUAUUUUUUUAUUGAGAAUUUUGUCACGGAAAGAAAGAUAAAGAAUAGUGAUUCUUUAUUAUUAAUGAUUAAUAAAUAUUUUGCAUAGAUCAUCGUAGCAAUUGUUUCAACUGCUAUUUAAGUAUGCAGACACAUUAAUUUGUAUUAUUAUUAUCAUCAUUUGUUACAUACAUAAUUAUAUAUAUUUUGAUACAUGAUUAAUUCAUGAAUAAUUGUUGUUUAUUUUAGCAGAUAACUUGAAUUAUCUAGAUAGUUAUAAAUAUAUAUCAAAUAUAUGUAAAA